AUGGACGACCUGAAUCUGCGGGAUUCACAGUCGUGGGAGGGCUGGGAAGUGUUCGGCUGGCCGAGCCACGGUGAUUCCUUCGAGAAAAGUGAUGGUGAGAAAAAUGGCCUGCGCGAUUUCUAUGAACACAAGACCGCGGAGGUGAUCGACGACCGGACGGUGCGCGUGCCCAUCAAGUUUCCGGCAGCCACGUUCAUGGUCAACCUGGCCUCGGACUACAUGAAGAUGUCCCCGGAGCACGUCGCUGGACCCCUGACCCAGGAGGACGUCAACUGCUGCCCGGAGAACAUGAUCGGCUCCGGCCCCUUCAUCUUCAAGGACGGCAGCUGGCAGAAGCAGGAGGCCUACGAAUACGUCAGAAACGACGACUACUUCAAGGCUCCGCGUCCUACUUUGACGGGUUCAAGGUCUUCCUGA